AUGGCUCACAGGCUUCUCAGAGACGCGCAGGCGGAUGGGUGGGAGCGCUCCGACUUCCCCAUUGUCUGCGAAUCCUGCCUCGGCGACAAUCCAUACGUCCGGAUGGUGCGGUUUGCUCCUGUUCUGCUUUUCGUCUCGUCUUUCUCUCUCCCCUCCUUCCUUCCCUUCCCUCUGUCGCUUCUCGCCUUUCGCUCUUCUCCUCUCUAUGGUCUGUUUACCGUCGUCUCAGUGAUUCACCAACGUGGUUACAGGAACCCUAAUCUUUGCUUAAAUGCUUACCUAUACAUAAUAAAUCCCAUCGAUUUUGACUGCGGAGUCCAGAUUCUCCGUUUGCGGUUCUUGAUUAUGUUUUUUUUUUCUUGACUGUGCGGAAACACGAACGGAUUUCAGCAAAUUCCUGUGGUUCUGUGUUGCGGGAUAUCCUACGAGAACAACUAAAAUCACUGGCAAUUAAACAUAGAUACCGGGCUCGGACUCCCAUCAGGCUCUUCUCUUGUCGGGAAUUAUCCCAUGUUCUUUUCGAGUUGUGUCAGGUUUGCUUACGUUUAUUUGUUUUUGAUUCUUGAUGUCUUCAGACAAGAGCGGACUACGACAAGGAAUGCAAAAUUUGUGCUAGGCCAUUUACAGUCUUCAGGUGGAGGCCAGGCCGUGAUGCAAGGUACAAAAAGUCAGAAAUCUGCCAAACAUGUAGUAAGCUCAAGAACGUGUGCCAGGUCUGCCUCCUGGAUCUCGAAUAUGGAUUACCAGUCCAGGUCCGAGAUACGGCUUUAAGCAUCAAUUCUAAUGAUGCUAUCCCAAAAAGUGACGUGAACCGCGAGUACUUUGCUGAAGAGCACGACCGCAGGGUAUGCUUGUGCUUCUUCUCUCUCUUUUCUUUCACCUGCAGUACUUUUGCAUCUUUGGCAGCUUUGAAGUCUUCCAUGGGUUAUUUGCUUCUCAUAUUCCAUUUUAUAAAAAUUAAGUUUUUGGAAGUUUUCAGAGUUGGUUUAUUUUUGCAUCAUUAGAAUUUUUGUGUGAUGAAAUGGAUGAUAAAGCAUGAGAGGAUGUGGUGACAUUAACUCUAUGCUAUGGGCUAUGGUUUCAAAUGUUUUGAAACAUUCAAUAAGGCUCUUCCGGGAUGUGGCUACAGAUAUUGCUUAUUACAUCAAUUGCAGUAGUUUUCCAGAAGUUUUCUGGUUGAAAUAUGAAAACUACAGAGGGGUUUCGUUUCUUGUUGUGGAAUUAAUUUUUAACCCGUGAGUGUGGGCUGUUUCAGAGGCAAAUGUUUUCUUAAAGUACUUCUGGGUUAAUAUUGAAUAUCGUGGAGAUUUUUUUUCACUGAGAACUGGUCUUAUGAAAGGAUGAACGGCCCAGUGUUGCUUCUGAUUUAGACUGUACAAGUGAGGCAAUUUCAGUGGCAAACAAGGAAAAAUGUCUGCUAAAGAAAAAUACUUUAAUACUCUUAGGAAGAUUGAAAAGUAGCUGGAUUUCUGAUGUGAUGCGUGCCUCCAUUUUCUGGCCAUCUUGGCUCAGUUAGUUUAAUAGGUCGCAGAAGAACAAUAUAUUGUAUUCAUUUUAUUGAGAAAAUCCGGGAUACAUAUCUUGUCCUCAUGUUUGUGAUCUCCAAGAGAAACCAAAUGUUAUCAUUAGGAUGUGGGACUGAUAAAUAUUUAUCAGUCACAAAUCUGGUGAUAGUGACUGAUAAAUAUUUGGUUCCAUUCUAACCCAAGUGGUAAUUGAAAGAUGUGGGAUAUGAUGGAUGCAAAGAUCUGCAAAUAGGUGGAUCAUUAGGAUCCAUCGAUUGCCAAGAACUAAGGAAAGGUGUUUAUCUAGGAUGUUUUCAUUGAUGGUUGAGCUUAACUGCUCUUCUUCUGAUAAGAAUUUGCUUGCAAAAGUUGAAUCUCACCUAGAGAGGAUACAAAACGUUUUUAUGAAUCAUAAAGCUUGACCCUGAAAUAGUUUUUCUUUUUCUUGGUUUAAAUACAUAUUAGCCUGUUUUUCACAAGAUUUUGUAAGAAAUCCUUCAUUGGAGGUGGUUUAAAAUAUAGACAUCUUAAGACUUUUUAUUUUUGCAUAUUUUUAUUGCUUAUAUUGUUAUUGAAUCUGGAAUCAGUUAUUUCUUGGCGUCAGCUUUUGCUUGACUUGUUGCAAUUGGAAAAUUUUCUUGUUUUUCUUUCCAGUGAAACAGAUGCUUAUAAUAGUUUCUUGAUUCAAACAUGUGUUGGAUACAAAUUGUAGUUGUUUGUGGUGAAUGGCUGUUGUCGUCUACUAAAUGACAUGAUGCUUUUUAAAAUGGUUAUCUUUUCUUGUAAUAUACUCAUGCUCUCUGUUUGUGUUUAUCUCAUGUUCAUGGUAUAUUUAUUCACGAUUUGUCCUCAGUUGUCGUUGUUCAUAGUUAUUUAUUUGUGUGAAUACUUUUCAGGCCAGAGCAGGGAUAGACUACGAGUCUUCAUUUGGAAAGGCACGACCAAGUGACACCAUUUUAAAACUACAAAGAACUACUCCGUACUACAAAAGAAACAGAGCACAUGUCUGUAGUUUCUUUGUUCGAGGUGAAUGUACACGAGGUGCAGAGUGUCCGUAUCGGCAUGAGAUGCCUGUAACAGGGGAACUUUCUCAUCAAAACAUAAAAGACCGUUACUAUGGGUAUGUACUUUCUGCAUAAUCAGUUUAUUACUUGUUUUUCUAUCUAUUCAUCACAUAAUUGUUUCUCCUUUGUUUGCACUCAUUUGAUGUUUUUAGAAAAUGGUUUUUGUGGUAUUAGUUUUGUUGUUAACCUUGACUAUAUGCCAAAUGUAAGAGCAAUUGAGUGUCAUAGGCGAACUCUACGAGCAGGAACAUGUAGGGACGUGUGAGAGUGGCUUGAUAAGUUGAUAUUCUUCUGUGUCUAUAGCUUCUUAGAAAUGCCAUUGUUCCUGUCUCUCUGGUUAUCAUAGGUCGUUUUCCCGUAAUUGAAAUCUAUUGAAAAGAGCUAAAAAUGUAGGUGGUGAAGACAUUUCCUUAGUGUUUGACUCAGACACGAAGAUUCUACAUUCGAAAACCCAAACUACCGCAGAAUAGAUUCCCAAGCCCCACAACGUUGUACAGUUUCGUCAAAAGUUUAAAGAUUGCCUUUCUCAAUCCUCCCUUGUGUACAGUCAGAUAUUUAUAAUGUUUAAUACACAUAGAUUGGGCACUAUUCUGGGUAUAAUGUUCUUUCUUCGGAUACAUUAUUUGGAACCCAUCUCUUUGGGGUUAAGGUUUUUUUCUUCGUUUAACAUUUGUUGAAAUUAUUAUAGCAUUACUAUAAUAAUUUGCCAUCUAUCUAGAGGGCUAUCGAUGCUUGAAAUCCAAUUGGAGAUGCAGUCCACUGGCUCUAUUGAUUUGAGAUUAUUUCUUCUUCCUUGUUUUUUCACAUCAUUCCAUUGGAAAUGUGGGCCUGGGAUGGAAAUUGGCUGAGUCAUUAUUGUAGAAUAAGAUAUAAUCUGAUUUUGACGUGUAAGGUCUUGGCUGAACAACUAGGCUAGCUGAAGUCAAGGAUUCCUGUGGAAUAUAUCAUGUUUGCGACAGAAAUCUUGUGCAUCAAGCGUCGUAGUCGUAGAAAAUUAGAGCCAAGUACGAGGGAGUGAUAUCCAUAUAUUAAACUCAUAUGAGGGUAAGAAAAAAGUUAAUUAGAUCAAGCAGUUAUAUCUCUGGUAUGCCUGAAGGCUUUCUCCUUACUGAACCUUUUAUUCUCAGUCUUAUUUUUCCUUUCUCCUUGCCUUGCUCCCCAUCUAAAGGAGGCGAAGCUCUUUCACUCGCAUUUACCUGUCUAUCUCAUUGAUGUUGUUACUGCCCUACUGACAAACGGAUUGCGCCAACAACAUUUGGCACUCAUCGGCAUAAAAACACAUUUCCACACCAGUUAUGUCCAUUGCGUUUUCCUCUCUCAGUCCCACCUUUCUAUCUCUCUCUCUUUUUCUCUCCAUGUCCUCAUUUUCUCUCUCUUUCAUUUUCACUUUUACCGGUAAUAUCCCCCUUUCCUAAUUAGGAUAAAAUUAAUGGGGGGUAACAAUACAUCGCAAAGGUAGGAAAAUUUAGAUCUUAAAUGGAGGGAAGGUGGGGAAGGAUAUAUGUAGAGUUGAGUUAAUGCAACAUAGAGGUAGGGCUUUUGAUACCUCUAGUGCAAUAUUUAGACUUUUACCUGUUGGUGGGUCUGCUUGCCUUUAAUAAUUUCUCUUUAUAAUUGGCCACCCAGCAACCUGCAGCUAGCUGAACCACAUCUUUGCUGUGAUUCAAUACGCUUUCUUCUCCCAUGAUGAAAAUUUGAUACCUUCGAUUUCGUAUGUGUGCUCUAUAUGUUGAAUUUUGUGCUUGAAUUUUUAUCUUGGUUUGGUAGACAUUAUAGAUUUCAUAGGUGUUGUCCUACAUCUGGACGCAUGUGAUUGGAUCUUUUCCACAGUCCUCGUUCUAGGUGUGUUGCUGUAUCUUGAUGAAUCAGCUGAAAAUGUCUGUGUGCAUGGCUUGAACAAUGCCAAAUCAGUGAGGAAGAGUUUGAUUGGAUAAAGUUUCUGGAACAGAUCAUGUUUUUUCUUUCAUUUGAUUCUGAAGAACACCACUGAUAAUUGGAUAUAAAACACCACCGCUAAUUGCUGCUAUUAUGAACAUACUUGUGCAGGGUGAACGACCCAGUUGCCAUGAAGCUCUUGAACAUGGCGGGCGACAUGCCUUCGCUCAACCCUCCAGACGACGAAAGCAUAAAGACCCUCUAUGUGGGGGGCCUCGACGCCAGGGUCACCGAGCAGGACCUCAAGGACAACUUCUAUGCCCACGGGGAGAUCGAAUCCGUCCGGCUCGUGCCACAGCGGGCCUGCGCCUUCGUCACCUACACCACCCGAGAGGGCGCCGAGAAGGCCGCCGAGGAACUCUCCAACAAGCUCAUCGUGAAGGGCCUCCGCCUCAAGCUGAUGUGGGGGAAGCCGCAGGCCCCAAGAGCAGAGACCGAAGAGGGCGAUGCCGCUCGUCAGCAGGGCCUCCUCACCCAUGGGGGGAUGCUCCCCCGGUCGGUCAUAUCAUUGCAGCAGAGCGGCGAGCCGCUCCAGCCGCCGGGCACGCAGGACCAGCAGCAGCCCCUGAGAUACUUCAACAUCCCUGCACCGCCGCAGUCCGAUCGGGCAGUCUACCCGUCGAUGGAUCCUCAGCGAAUGGGGGCCGUCGUCCCUUCCCAGGAGGCCGGCGACUCCAAGGCCGCCAUGGAUAAGCCGCUGCCGAUGCGUGCCCCGGAUGGUUCGGCAUACCCGUAUCUGAUGGCGCCGCCACCGCCGAAUCUCCACUACGGGCAGUAUCCCCAGUUCUACCCCCCUCCAUAUGGGUACAUGCCUCCUCCCCCUCCAGCUUUCCAGCACCAGUACCCUUACCUGUCGAUGAAGCAGCCGCCGCCUCCGGCCACCCACCAGCACUCUGCGCCGGCGGCUCCGGGGUCGUCAUCUCAGAGUCAGACCUGA